GACAGUCAACCCUGAAACCCCUCAGGGCUCCGCGGAUUGUCCGCAUCACAUCAUUGCUGCUUCCUCUUUUUUUAUUUUAUUGAUUUGUGUGAUGGCGCGGAAAGUGAGUGAGAUUUUGGCUGGAGUAUAAAUGACUGCGGAGCAACAGGCAGCUGGGUUGGGAAACUCACUGAGGGCUGCUCGGCUUUGGAGGAACUGUUGCACAGAAUCCCGCUGCGAUGUCCCUGCUGUGCGUCAGAGUAAAGAAAGCCAAACUUCAUGGGCCGCCAGACAAAUUCAACGCCUACGUCACCUUAAAGGUCCAGAAUGUGAAGAGCACAACCAUCACAGUCCGUGGAGAUCAGCCAUGCUGGGAGCAGGACUUCAUGUUCGAGAUCAGCAAUCUGGACUCGGGUCUGGUGGUGGAGCUGUGGAACAAAGGUUUGAUCUGGGACACUAUGAUCGGCACAGCACUGAUCCCGCUGGACACCAUCCAUCAGUCUGAUGAGGAGGGACCAGGAAGUUGGACGGCUUUGGACUCGGAGGUGUUGAUGAAGGAGGAUCAGAUCUGCGGCACCACCAACCCAACGCCGCACCAAGUGCUGCUGGACACUCGCUUUGAGCUUCCCUUUGAUAUCCCAGAAGACGAGGCGGAGUACUGGACCAGCAAGCUGGAGCGGAUCAACACCAUGCAGAUCCACGACGAGUACCCCUUACCAGGAGAGGUCCAGAGAAGAAGAAUGGCGUCGAUGCCGUCACAGUGCUGCAGUUGGAGUUAUUUUGGAUGGAGUGAUCAGCAAACGUAUGACGACCAUGACAGCGCCGUGGACGACCGAGACAGCGACUACCCCAGUGAAACUGGGAACCGGCCACCGCGGUUCCACAACACUUCCCAGACGAAUUCAUCCGUCCAUCAGUACCCCAUAGGCCGUAGAGUUCAGCAUCAGAGCCUGUCGAGGGAAUCUGACUCUGUUCACAGUUACGAUCUAGAUAAUAGAGAAACGAGGGCAAACAGACGAUCAAACAGCAAAAGAGGCGUUAGAAUAAUUCCUGUAGACUCAGGUAUGGGUGUGGAGGACUGGGAGAGUAAAUAUAAUGUGCCUAACUCGGGUGUACUGGAUGAUUAUUUAGACACUGAGCAGAAACUUUGGGAGGAUGAAGAUAAAAGUAUCAUCUACCGAAUCAGUGACAGCUGUGAGUCCAAAGGCAGCAGAUUUUAUCAGACGGUAGAGUGUGAUGGUCUAUCCCCAGAGGACACGCUGGAGCCAAAUGAUGGGGCACCCAGACCCAGACAGAGGCAUGGCUUUGGCAGCGGGGAAGUUCGAUUAGUUUACAAGGCAGCCGGCAGCUUUGAGGAUGAAUCAUCUCCUCCUGAAAUUGACAUAAUCCCUUCAGUCAAACAGCUGAGACAACCGACAGACAGAGAAAGUCUCCUUUACAAGACCAGAUUGUGGGCCAAAACCGCUUUAGAAGACACUCUGGAGAACUAUGCUGCUUUUCGUGAGCAGGAGGCUGCGAGGGAAGAAGCUGCUAGGGUCAGAAGACGUGUUGACUAUAACUCGCUUGGCUCUGAUGAGAUGCAGUACUCAUUUGGAUCUGAGGAAGAACUGGAAGAUCUGACAUUCACUGAGGGAGAUGCUAAUUUUGAAUAUGAAAGCUAUGGCUACUCUGGCAAGUAUAUGGAACAUUUUGAAGGACAAGAUUUUUCAAGAAAAAGCAGAACAACUGAUCAAGACCCAAUGCUAUCUCCUGUGGAGGACCCAGAUGAUGAAUACAUAGAUCCAAUGGGUGAACUGCGGAGCUUAGUCCACUCAGUGUCUGAAUACUUGGCAGUGAAAGAGGAGGAGGUCAACAGCUAUGAAUCAAUGCCCAGGCCACCAAGAAGAAAACUACCUGCUCUACCAACUGAUGCAAAAAUGUUACCACCUGAAGACAAUGACAGUAAUAUGGCCAAACCUGAUGUUAAAGAGGAAAGUCCUGUUGAACAAGGCAUAACUGGGGUGAAAAAUGCAAUGAGCUCAUUGUUCAGCACAAUCACAGGAGCAAAGUCUCCAACUGAGGCAGAAGCCUCUAGUACUUCUCCAUCUCCCCAGCCACCACAAACUGAUUCUGGUAUUUCAAAAUUGUUAUCAUUUAUCCCUAAAUCUAAUACCGAAACCCCUGAAACUGCAUGUACAUCUGUAACAGAACCACCUACGUCCCAAACACCACCCCAAACCGACUCAGGAAUUUCCAAGCUGCUUGCAUUUAUUCCCAAAAGUGGUGGUACCUCUCCACCAGUGGCCAUAGUUCCGCCUGCCUCUCAGGAGCCCACAACAGAGAAAAAGUUCUCUCUACAGUCACUUUUGCCUUUUCAGUCCUCUGAGCCCAGUAGACAAGCGGAGGCCAACCAGACGCCUACCCAAGCUCCCACAGAGGCACAAAGUAAUUCAGCAGCAGGUAACCAGUCUGCCUCUGGGUUUGAAUCCAUGUUUGGAAGGCUAAGUCCUUUGAGGCUUUUUUCCAGCUCACCGUCUCCCAGAGAGACGUCACCACAACCACCGGAGCAAAGAAGUCCAUCUGCUGCAAGCAAAGAAUCCCAACAAGGGCAAGUAAGUAGAGGCACCAGUCCUAGUAGAGAAGACUCACAAACAGAGCAGCAGUCAUCAGGAGAGAUAAGACCAGGUUCUGCAAGUGGAUCAGUUGAUCUUUUGCCAGAUACAGGAAGCGGAUCAAUUGAGCUCUCCCAAGAAACGGCUACCGGGUCAGUAGAACUUCUUCCAGAGACUGAGUCCUCUGGUGAGCUACCUGACAUUCAGCAAAGAGGAACAUCUUCAGUGCCUGAAGCAAAACCUGAGGGAACUUCAGAAGAAACUGGAUUCUUCAGUCCUUUUAAGAAAUCUCUCUCCACCCUCAUGUCUGCGGUUCCUCAAGAAAACCCCUCACAUAGUGAUAACAAACCUGCCGAGGAGUCAUUUCUAGGCAGCAAACUGAAAAUUCCAUUUUUGUCAGAAAAUGUUUCCACAACAACCACACCUAAAGCAGAAGGGGGUAUGUUGUCAGGGAUUCUUAAAUUUGGAAUAGGGGAAGAUUCUAAUGUCACUUCAAAUACUUCAACGCCUGCUCCAUCAAGGUCUCCCUCUCCAAGUCGUGCUUCACUUCUUGAAAGUGCUCCCAAACAAAACACAGGAACUGGCUGGUUUUCUAACCUUUUUAAGGUGACUCCACCUGAACCUGCCAAAGAACCAGAAAAAAACCAAAUGACUCCUACUGUGACACUUACCAAGCCUAGUGAACAAACUGAACCUCAUUCUGAACAAAUAUUUCCCAACACACCAAAAGGUACUGCUUCCAGUGCAGAGCAGUCCUCUGAGGGGCAAACUUUGCAGGAAAUAGAUGCUAUUUCCCAAGACCAAGAACCUCCCAAGGUCAAUGCAGGCACAUCACAACCAGAGACCUCACAGCCUCAAGGAUUUCUUUCUGGGUUGUUAAAAAUAGGACCAACAGAAUCUGUGUCACCCGAAAAGACAACCCAAGAAGGAGAAGGACAGUCUCAACCGAGUGGUUUGUUUUCUGGUAUAUUUUCAUCACCUUACCAGCCUUCCUCUCAACCACAACCUCAACAAUCAGGAGUGUUUUCUGGAUUCCUAAAGUUGGCCUCUGAUACUGUUUCGGGUUCUGCAAAUCAGUCAACAACCCCAGGAGAUCAAUCUGGCCAACCUCCAUCUCAAGGUCAAGGACUCUUUUCUGGACUGUUGAAAAAAGCUACAGAUACAGUAACUGGGACCCAGUCAGCCCAGUCAAGUCAAGAUUCCCAGCCAAGUGACGCUAACCAAACAAUGGUUAAGGAUGGGCCAGAAAAACACUUGCAUCAAGGAUCAAAUUCACAUGCUGAGUCGACUGGACUUUUGUCAAGAUUUAAAUUAGGAUCCACAGAUAGUCUUCCUCCUGAUAAAGAUCAAACAGACCAACAAAGGCGACUAAUAGUCUCAGAUGAGCAAUCAAAGCAACCACAACAGAGUAGCACGAUUACAGAACAUGUAGCUUCAAAACCAACAACAGCACCUCAAUCAGGUGGAUUACUUGGGGGCUUACUAAAACUCUCAGAAUCUACACCCCAGCAACCAUCUUCUGGUCAAGGGGGUUUGCUGUCUGGGCUGUUUGGAAUUGGUGCACAAGAAUCUGCUCCUGUAAAUCCACCUCAACCUUCACAAAACCAACCACAGACUGUAAAACCUGAGAACCAACCAAAUCAGCAAUUAGGCACUAGGCAAAAUCUUCAACAAAACCAAGUGCCUCCACAGCAGCAGCCGAGUGGUCCUGGAGGGAUGCUUAGUGGAUUAUUUAAUAAAAUUGCAGAUGUGGGUGCGCCACAACCAACAGUGGGAAGUCAACCAACUCGGCAACAAGCACAAAGACCAGGCCCCAAGACGAGUCAGCAACCACCUAAUCAGCAGGGGGGAUUUCUUUCUGGACUGUUCUCCUCGGGGUCUAAUACUCCAGCUCAGCAGCAGUCUCCUGUUAAUCAACAACAUCAGCAGCAACCCCAACAAGGCAACAGACAACCUCUGCGUAGACAAAACCAGAUACCUCCACAACCCCCUGCUUCUGCUCCAGAGCCACAACAGGGUGGGUUAUUGUCAGGACUGUUGAACAAAUUAGCUUCCAGUGAUAAUGUAUCACAACAGCCCAGCCAACAAACUGGUACUCAGCAGGGCAGUAAGCCUGGGCAGCCUUCCAAUGAACCGUCGUCUCAAACCAGUCAGCAGGGUGGAUUUUUAUCUGGUCUGUUUGGACCAUCACCACCUCAACAGGUACAACAACCUAGUAAAAUAGCAGGUCCUCAACAAACAACAACACAGCAAGCUAAUCAAGGUGGAGGCCUGCUUUCAGGUUUUCUCAAGCUUGCAUCUGGUGACAAUGUACAAGAACAACCAUCAGCAAAACCUCCUCAAGCUAGAGAAACAGCAGUUAUGGGAGGCCAAAAUCCACCCCAGCCUGAAUCUGGGGGGUUAUUCUCUGGUCUAUUAACCAAAAUUUCAGCCACUGUAGAACAGUCAUCCUCAUCUUCUGACCAGGUAGCACCUCAGUCAACUCGGCAACAGCAACAACAGCCACGUUCAAGUCAGAGUAGACCACAGAUUCAGAGAACAAAACCAGUGGAAGUUCAGUCCUUCCAGGACGCAUCCUCUGAUAAGGAGACAAAACCUCCAACUCAAAAAGGAUUUCUCUCCAGUCUGUUUAAUGUCACGGAAGAGCCAUCAUCAAAGAUGCAGGAGUCCUCUAAACCUGGGACAGAAGACCCAAAAAACAGCUCUACUGGGACAUCUACUGGCUUGUUAUCUAGCAUUUUCAAAACAAAUUCUAGUGACAUCAGCACUUCUGCUCCUGGAAAGGAAAAGGAUAAAGCUUCCCUUGAAACAUUACCACAGAAUAAGGAGAAAAUUCCCUCAAGUAUAGAAACACUCCCAGCUGCUGCUAAUUCAGCUACUCGUGGUGUUGAUAUCCAGGAACAGCUUCCACAGUCACAGGUUAGGCAAGAUGAUACAAUUUCCCCAGCACAGCGUUAUCUUGAAGAAAUCCAGCGUCUCCUGUAUGGGACAUCAGAUGAAUAUGGUUACAAGGAUCUGUUAUACAACUUUACAGAACAUGGAGUGAUUCCUCCAGAGUUAUAUGAACAUCAGUGCCUCAUAGAAGCUCUGCUGUGGCAACAACUCAAUGAUUAUGUCCAAGCUGAAGCUCUGGCCACCAAUGUUCAAAUUCACAACCAAACAUGCCACAGCAAUAUUCCUCCUACAGCUAAAGCUCCUCAACUAGACAACCACGUUACUUUAAAUCCUAAAGAAAUGAACAUCAGUGACUUCAACAUACCUGCUCAUCCUUGGAGGGAUACUUCCGCCCAGCUUUUUGAGAGCCGAAACCGCUUUUUUGAAACGGAUGAAGAUCUGGUGUUGUUUGACAUGAGCUGCCAGAACAAGAAAGCUUGGAGCAGCUGUGACCACUUGAAUGAUCUUGAUAGCAGAAGUAAACCAUGGAUUGCAAGAGGUAGUGCAAUAAAUCUGUCAACUGAAAAAUCAAAGAGACGUCUACAUAGGUGUCAGUCGCUUACGCAAUGCAGUGUUCAAGAGUCUGGCAAAGUAGAGGACAAAUGUGUUGUAGAUAAUUUCUUGAAAAAUGACAACUUUGAUUUAAAAUCGGCAACUGACUUUUUAAAGCGACUUUCAGUAAAAAAAGGACCUGUCGACUUAAGACGCAGUGCUCUUAAUUUAAGCAAGUCAGCAGGCACUGGAGGCGAUACAGAAGAUUAUAUGCUGUUUGAGGACUCUGAGUGGUACCAACAGUGGAUGUCACUAUUAGAACAUGGGCUGUGGUGGCCAGCUGAGGCAGGAGACUGUGGAUAUUAUGUUUAUACAGAUGAAAACUACAUCUAUUCUCUUUUAACUGAUAAAACUGGAAGGCAUCUCUACGCUUGUGCUACAGACAAGGAUAUGCAAAUUUUGGGAAAUAUUACUGAAAACAUAGCUAACAUUCUGAAGCAAAGAGAAACUGAUAAAGUGACCCUUUGUGGUUUCAAAAUCCCCCUGAAUGAUGAAAGUAGAGGUUUCUGCAUUUCAGACAAUCAGCAGAAAGUCUUAUUAUUGAACGAUGCACCCAUGGAUCUGACAGCUGCUCUUAGAAAAGGUGAAAAAAUAAUGAACUUGAAUUUGCAAAGUUUCUCUCAAAUGUUUCAAGAGUCUGUAUCAUCUCAAGCAGAGCAACCUAUUGACUUUAGUGUAUAUAAACUUAAAAAGAUAAAAGUGGAGUCUGUCCAAAAUGGUUACACUUGUCAAGAGGAGCUAUUGGAAGCUGCUGAUUUUAGCUUGAAGUCUCUAAAAGGGGGGCACGGAGGGCCCUACUGGAAGGAUCAAAGACUUAAAGAUAUACUCACACCUAGCCAUUCUCCUCAACAUUACUUGCCACAAAUCUCUCAAAACAGACAAUGUCCUAUUCCAGAAAUCAGGAUUGCACAUGUAGAUAAUACAAAUGCAGACCAAUCAAAACAAAAAGUAAGUUCUACAUUUUCAGGAUUCAGAGCAAACUCUACUAACACCAACACAAGUAAAACUCAGACAGUUUCAGCAACAUCUACCAUUUCAGCAUCUGUUUCCAGUCAACAUUCAGAAACUUCCCCAUCAACUUCAAAGAUACAGUUGGGAAGGAAGCUGCCUAAUGCUCCAAUUGACAGUAAGACAACCAGUCCUUCAAUUCCAUCAGGACAAGUAGCUGCUUCUUCUACUGUAGCAAAAGCAUCAUCCCCAACGGUGCAUUCUAUUUCUUCCAAGAGACCACACCUUACAAGACAACCAUCUCAAGCAGAUAAAUCAGUAUCAUCUCAGUAUAAUAAAGGCACUGUCACUGGGAUAUGCAACAAAGAGAAAAGUACCUCACCAAUGGCCCAAACUGUCUCAGAGACUCCUAAAGAGCCACUAGAUAUCCCUAAGGUAUUUAAACCAAAGCUGCAUAUAUUGAAUGACACGUCAAGUGUUUAUAGUGAAGCCUACCUAUACAACAGAAAUCAGAAGGGCUUUACCUCCCCUGGUGACUCUCAAAUGUGCCAUAAAGUUCUAGAUUUUUCACCCGCAAUAAACAAAAACAUUACCAAACAAAAAGAUGGGACUGAUGAUGGUGUUGAACCUGCACCUAGGAAUGAGGCUGUCGACUUUACAAAGUACAAGUUAAAAAAAUUCAAAGAAAAAAAGCAAGUUGAUUCUGAGGCAAAUGUGGACAUGCCAGAUAAAACCACAACUGCUGUAGAUCUAACCAAGCAAGUAGAAGAAGAGGAAAUUGAAUGGCCAAAUUCAAAAAGUACUAGUGUAAGCCCAUUACAGGAUGGUCUGACCAUAUCACAGACCAGCCACAAGAAUACAGUUGGUCAACAAAAUCAAUCAGCAAGACAUCUGUCCAAGCUAGGAGUCCAUGGCCAAGUCCAUGCACAGGAAAUGCAAGCCUUUUCUAGUACAACCAAAGAAGCAAAGACUAGUCAAAAAGAUUCUGAGUUUUCUAAGAAAGAUAAAGACAACUCUUCCAAGCUGACUUGUGCAUCUCCUGUAUCGUCAAGGAUUCCUGGCACCAAUUUUACAUCAGAAAAAACAAUUUCUACAGGGUCUUAUGCUUCCAGUAAAGAGUCCAAUCUUGGUGAAACUGUCCAAAAAACAUCAAGAACUGAGUCAAAACAACCAGCACGAACCUCACCGCUUUUGAGCCCUGCUAUGAGAAAACAAGUGGACAGUCAGGAGCAGCUGCCAAUACAACAGAGUUCAAUUGGAGUUGCAACAAAUUCUACUCGGGUUUACCCUGACAAGAGUCCAGUUUCUGCACUUGUUUCUUAUCAGUCUUUUGAAAAGACUCAGCAAUAUCAGAAGACAACUGCACCUACAAAUUCAAUUAAAGCCACGUUAGAUAUGUCUGUCAAGUCAAAAACACAGCUGGCACAGAAAACUGUUGUGCCAACAAAGGAUCCUGCUGGCGAGGCAUUGUCAUUGACCAAUAGAAAACCAUUAGCUUGUGAUGAGAGAGACCAAAGUUUAAGUCGCCAAGAAUCCAUUGACCUGACAUGUAAAUCAGUGUCAACAUUGAAUAAACCUGAGAUGACAGACUUUAGUCAUACACCAACUCUCCAGGAACUCCAAAGCUCACUAAAGACCACACAAGACAUGACUUCUAAGUCUUUAACUUCAAAAGAAGUGGUUCUGAAUGAAGAUAUCACAACUAGAAAACCUCUUACUGACUAUACCUGUCUGUCUCCAAAUGCACAACCACUUCCAUGUCAGUUAAACCCAGAAUCACUUCAGCCACACUCUUGGCAGAGCAAAGAUGGCAUAUUAAUACAAUCAGUUCAUUCGCCUUCUCAGUUACUGGGAACAAAACAACAACAUGUUGCCUGUCCUCUGUCAAAUGCCACUAAUGUGUUAGAUAUGUCACCAAAGCCGUCUCAAGUCAUGUUGGGAAACACAGUGCCUGGAGAUGAGUUUAUCACAGACGAAGCAGUUUCACUUGUUAAAAAGUCAAGUGCAAGAGCGGUUGCCAGGAGAGAUUCUGUUGGUGUUGCACUGAUAGUUGAUCAAACCCAGAUGGAAUCAACAAGCGAAAUGCAGUCUCAAAAUAUGAUCUCUGGGCAAAAAAGCCAAAUCACAAACAGAAAUGGGGUCUGUAUUUCACUGCAGUCCAUUCCCGGCUACACAGUUAUGUUGCACUCAAGUGCUUCCCAGACUAUUGUUAAAUCAAAUUCAAACAGUACAGCUCCAGCAAAUUCAGUUAAAGGCACAUUAGACAUGUCAACAAAGGCCUCUGUACCUGACACAAGUAUGCCUUCACAUCCAGUUUCACUGGUUCGCUCAAGACGAUCAAGCUUAACAUAUUCUCAAAAAGAUUCUGUUGGUGUCCCCUUAAUAGUGGAGGUACACAUUCCCCAAGAGCAGCCUAAAAGGAAUCAGAUAGCAUUGGUAGAAUCCCGGAAGCCUUUACAAAGACUUGUGCAUCGUGAAUCUCGAGAAACUACUGCACCUGCUAACUCCAUCAGAAGCUCUUUGGACAUGUCCCCAAAAUCCCCACAGAAGGAGUCUGAAAGUGCUCCUAUUGUGCUAUCAUGUGAAGUUGUGCCACUAGUCAGAAAUAGGAUACAUGUAUUAAGCAAUCCUUGUGGUGGUGUACCACUCAUCGUGGAGCAACCUGUAUGUCAACAAAGAAGACAUGUUAUAACAGACGUUUUUACAACAGAGUCCCUACACAGAAAAGUAUCUACCUCUCAUUGUAAUGGAGCAUUUUCUCCUUCUAGGACCCCAUAUAAGGACCCACUGCAACACAAUAAGCCUGUAGAUUUCUCAGCUAGAGGCAGCCUUGUUGCACAUAAUCUUUCAAACAAUCAAAUUGAACCUAAAGAUGGAGAGCCAAUGAACUUCACUGUUGCAAAAGCAAAAAAAGAAACUACUAAAAAAUGGCAAAGUGAAAAGGACCCAGAAAAGAAAAUGUCUGUGGGUACUGUGGAUCUAACUUUGAAUGUUAAAAACAAAUCAAUAAUUGACCCUCAAGGUGCAACAGAUUUUACUUCUUCGGUUUGUGUCCCAUCUCAACACAGAAUAAAUUCUCAGCAACAAUACAUACCUGCAAACACUGUUGAUGAUUUCAAAAGUGACAUUACAUUUUCUCAAACUCGAAAGUUAUCAGAACAUUCAAAUGAUGCAUGCAUAACCACACAUGCUGGAACACAUCAUGAAAUGCAUGGAGGAACAGGAAAGAAUUUGGAAUCUGCAUUUGCACCUAUGGUUGCAACUGAAAGGAGAAUACAGCCUCCUCAGCCUUUUACUCCCCCGUCUACACAAGACAUUGGAUUUACUCAGUUGUCACUUAAUAGUGCAUAUCAACAGGUCAAUAGUGUACCUGAACAAAUAUCUUUGGUAAAACAUCAACUGCCAACUCAAUAUUUAGCUUCUCAACACCAAUGUCCACACCCCAGAGCGGAAUUUGCAAUUCCUCUGCCAAAGACACAAAAGUUGCAAAAACAAGACACAACUAUACAGCAGGAUGUGACCCAUAGACCCAAAAUCCUUAUUAAGCAGGCAACUGUCGAUAGUUAUGGGAGUACAGAAGAGUUUGAAGAAAAUGGAGCAGUGACACACAGUAGGCACUCAUCUGUUUCUUACACUACACAACAAGGUACAGGUGGAUCCCAAACAGCUGCUAUCCCUUUGUCUCUAAAUGCACAGCGUGGUGCUGAACAUUUUAUGGCACCUACAGUUGCACAGCCUGUACAAAGUUACAUCAGUUCAGCUGCAAAUGAUGCAAAAGUACCUCUUCAUUUCUCAAAGCUGCCAAGCAUAAGCCAACACCACAUCAUUGCACAAAAUAAUUACAUACCAACCUUACCCUCUAAUAACAUGGAUCCAAUACAGUGCAUUUCACAAGCUAAUGUACCUGUAUCACAGACUGCCAGAAGUCAUCACACAAUGCCAGGGAUAUAUGUUAAAGGAAGUUAUCAAAAUCAGGUCUUUGCAUCUCAAUCACAAGAGUCACAAGUGGCUUCAACACAAGCAGGAUCUUCGUCUGUGAAGGGUUUGAUUUCACUUUUUAGUCAUUUGGACUCACAAUCUUCUGUUGGUACAAAAUCACCUGUUAUCUCCAGCUAUACCAAGACUGAAUCAAAACCCGUAGACCACGUUCUUUCAAUACAAAAGCAAGAUAAUCUUGUCCCAGUUACUCAUAACACCAGAAACAUAGAGGGAAUAUCCUCAAAUUCACAAUUUUCUACUGUAGCAGAUUCUGUGCCACUCACAACAACUCUUGGACAGGGUUAUGUUGAAUCAGGAUCAGUGACUCCUGAAGCUAAACUAGCUUGUUCAUCUGAGGCAUCCAGAGAUCAAUCUGCCAAUGCGGAGAAAGUGUUGUCUCCAGAACUACCUCUAAGCACUGAAUCACAACAAAUAGGUUUAAUAUUAAGUGAUUUAAGUCACAGAAUGUCUACUGGGACACUGGAGGGCUCAUCAUCACCGAGUAUUGUUAAGUCCACAUCUUCUCAAAAGUAUCAACAACUACAGGAAACAAAUUCUUGCACAGGUAGAGAAACACUUGAUGACUUGCCUCCUUCUGAACUAUUCCCAGUUAGACCAAUAGAUAAUAAACUACAUGAAGGACUUCAAAGCUCUGACGAAUCUCCACUGUUGCCACUAGCAUUGCAAGAGGCUAAAUCAAAAUCAAAUGGUAAAGAAACAUUGGCCGCAAUAAGUGAAAUAGCAUCUCAAUCGGACCCAUCACAACAGCAAGGUUUAGAAGAGCUUAAACAAGCUAUAUCUACACAGUCUGCCAAUGUUAGGGGUGAAUUUGAAGAAAUUUCUUCACAAGAAAAAAACAGACCUCCAAGGUCAAUCUAUAUUGGCAUAAGUUCUUCAGACACACUUCCUUUUGGGGUAGAAAUGGAAUCGGGGGAGCAAAAGCCUUAUGUUAGGCUGCCCCAUAUUUUCAUAUCAGCCGCCAGUUCACCAGAAGAAGAGCGUAAUGAGACCAACCUUGGUACCCCUGAAAGUAAUGGAUCUAAUUUUCCAGAAGCUAGUGUCUCUGAUGAUAUUGCAUCACGUGCAGGAACAGCACUAGAGCAAAGGGAAGUUGAUGUUGAUGUUGUUGUAAAUUCUGAUGCAUCUAAAGAUACCAGUACUUUAGAAGACAGUACCAUACAGGGAUCUGUUGAACCAUUGAGCAAUGAGGCUAAGACUGGCUCUCCAGAUAUACCAAUUUCACUGAAUACAUCAAAUCGGAUAAUUACAAAUGAACAAGACUCUGAGCACACUGUGACAGAUAAAACUUCAAUAGGCACUACCCUUUCAGAGAUUGAAAAUAAAUCUGAGACUACUGAGGUUCCUGAGGACAAACUUCAAUCGAUUUCUGAAAACACAGAGUUAACAUCAUACACAUCAUCAGGAGAAGUUGUAAAACCUCUCGCUGACCUGGCCUGUCAGGUUGUUGAAGAGUCACCAGAAUGUGUUCAGUCAUCUCAAGAGUCAGUUACUAUGAAUGAAAACAAAUCUCCCAGUACAGAACUGCCAGAAGAAGUUGACUGCUUGAGCAUCAAGUCUCUGAAAGCAGAAACCUUAGUUUCAGAUGUCAAAUCACCUGAAGGUGUCCAACAUCUUCAUGAGAAAAGUGAAGAUGUCACUUUAUCUGUGCCUGAGCCACCUCCUAUCAGUGCUCCUACUGAGGAACUUACUGUCUCUAAGGAAGACAGUGCAGCUAUUAAGGAUGAUCUGCCCAAUGCUGAACAAACUGAUGAACAAGCAGGAAAAGGCAUAUUUUCACUGUUCAGUGGUUCUACAGCAUCCCCGCAACAAACUCCCUCCCAGACUGGAUUAUCAAUACUUGGGGGCAUUAUUCCUGGCUCAUCUACUAAAGAUGCUCCUGGGACAGGGUUACUCUCCAUGUUUGGUGGGUCAAGUGCACCAUCUACAUCUGAAUCCAAAGAAAUACCACCACAGUCAGCACCACAAGAACCCCAGGGAAAAGGUCUGUUCUCUAUGUUUGGUGGUUCUAUUAGUCAGCCACCACCUGGCCCAAGGGGUCCAACUGCUGGAGGUGUGCGGCCCAGGGGGCCACCACCCAAAGAACCUCCAGGAAAAGGUCUCUUUUCCAUGUUUGGUGGAGCUGCGCCUCAACAAGCACCAAGUCCCAGGGCUCAUCCAGGGGCUGGCCCUCCACCAAGAGGACCAGGAUCUUCUCUGUUUGGUGGCAUCCUACCAGGUUCAGCAACACAAAAAGACACCCCUAGUACAGGGUUGUUCUCCAAGUUUGGUGGUCUUGGGGGUCAGCCCCAAACAGGGCCUAAGGUAUCCACACCUGGACAAACAGCUACACCACCAAAACCCAGUGGCCCAGAGAUCUCAGGGAAGGGAUUGUUUGCCAUGUUCGGUGGACAGAGUCAACAGCCACCAGAAGCACAACCAACAGCUUCUAAAACAAGUGAAUCAGACAGUGCUUUUAAAGUGUCGUCUGUGUUUUCACUUGGUUCAAAUACUGACAGCAACAAAUCUAAAACUGGGUUUGGUCUAUUUGGUAUGUCCUUUUUGGAGGAAAGUAAAACCGACCCAGAAAAAAGUGUUCCUGUCAAAGAGGAGGUUGUAGUUGAGCCAUUAAAGUCUUUAGAUGUAGAAGCACCUUCAGAAGAAGCAGAGAAUAACCAUAAUAAAACUGUAAAACAUGAACCCACUGAACCUGUUUCUACAAUUUCAGUUCAGAAAGAACUUCAUGUAGAGGAGACACGUCAAGAUAUCCAAGAUUCCGUCAAGGUUGUCUCUAAAAAUGUUAAUGAAGUUUCUGGUCCUCAAAGAGAUUCACAAGCCACAGUACAGUUAAACCUUUUUCAAAAUGCCUCAGAGACGGUUGAAACUUCUAUUGGAGAGUCAUUGAACAUUACAAGUAAUCUUUCUGAGAAAGAGACAUUUGUGGAUUCACAAGAUGUAAAACAAGUCGGUGAAUCACAAUCAGACAUCCCAUGUGGACCUAAAGAAAGAGAAGGUGCAGUAAAUGUUGAGGAAAUGGUUGCACAACCAGAAACUACUGCAUUAGAAAUGAUUACUCAAAAUGAAUCUGAAAUAGUUGGGAUCAGUCAGUUAUCAGAAAAACAUGACUCCCCUCAAAUACCAGAAAAUAUAACGGAUUCUUUGGAUAAACUAGAAAACUCUGAUAUUACUGCCGUAGAAGAAAUUCAAGAUACAAAGGCUAAAGAUGUGAACAUUCCUUCAGAGAAGGGAAAUGAAGAGGAUUUAAAUGUUGCUGUGGAGACUUCAGUUGAAGAUGUGGGAAAAUCACAAGAGGAUGUUAUAAAGCUGUCUGAAGACAGAGCAGUUACAGUUGAUGAAAAAUCAUCUGAGGAGCCUUUGAAGGCUGAGGAUAAAGAACAGAUUUCAGCAGCAGAUGAGAAACAAACGGAAGAGACCUUGAGAAAUGCUGUUGAGAUACAACCAACUGCUGUUGAUGUUCAGAAAUUACCUGAUGAGGAUUUGUUAGUGAGUGGUGAACAAAAAACAACCAUAUCUGAUGUUGAAAAAUCACGUGAUGGGACUUUGGUAGUUGCUGAUGAGCAACAAACAGUUGUAUCUAAUGUUGACAAAGUAAAGAUUCCUGGGGAGGAGCAAGCCACUGUCACAAGUCUAGAAAACCUAAAUAAAGAGGCAACUGACAUUGAUUCUGUCAAAGAAAUCACAGAAAAACCCACUGGAGAAAUGGGUGAAAAAGACUUGAAAGCAUCAUCUGUUGAAAUUCCAAAAGAACUGGCUGAACAAAAACCAGAAGAUAAUGUAGAUCCUGUGCAUAAAGUAGACAAAAUUUGUGAAAGUGAUAUAAUUUCUGCGGCAGUUUCUUCAUCAAGUGAAGAAAAAACUUUUGAAAACAGUUCAGUAGCACCUGCUGAUCCUUCAACACAGCAACAGCAGAGACCAGGAAUGGUCAGACCACCUGGCCCACCUGGACAAGGAAUGGGAGCACCAAGAAUGGGAGGACCACAAAUGGGAGCCCCGAGGAUGGCAGGACCAAGAAUGGCUGGACCGAGGAUGGCUGGACCUAGAAUGGCAGGACCAAGAAUGGCUGGUCCAAGACAACCAGGACCGCAGAGAGCCCCUGAACCAUCUUCCUUUUCUGGCUUCAUGUCUAUGUUCUCCACCCCAAGUGCACCAAAUAAAUCACCAACUGUUGGUGGAUUUUUUUCAAGUUCUCCAGGAUCCCUUUUCGGAUCAUCACCUACUCCUCGUCAGCCUCAACAACAGCAGCAACAACAGAAAAGCUCAUUUUUUGGCCUUCCAAGUAGCAUUGCGCCAGAAUCCAUCACCAGUGACCUCUUUGGCAUGUUCAAGGGUCAAGAUACAUCAAAACCAGAGGAACCUGAACAAACUGGCACAAAAUCUGAACAAGCAGAAGCUCCUGCAAAUUUGGCAAACCAUCAGGACUCCGAAAAGGCAAAUGCAGAUAAUAUGACCUUAACUGAAGAUGAACAAGUUAAAACCACGGAGGAUUCUGAUCUACCUGAAAAAGGGCUUGUCGAGGAGACAGAAAGAAAAGACAAAACGGAAGAUGAUUCUCUCAUUGAAUCAACAGUAAAAACUGAAGACCCUGAACAAAAGACAGAGUGUCUGGAGGCUGUUGAGCAUUCAGAAGAGCCUGUUACUGAAGAGUCUUCCAGAAGUGUACCAUCUGCAGCCCCUGAAACCAAAGGCAUGUUUGAUAUACCCAUUCUGUCUACCCCUAAAUUUGGCUUCAUGUCUGCAGCUACUGAAGGCACAACAUCUAUCGGAUCCCUUUUCUCCACUACAUCUUCAGCCACUAAACCCUCAGAGCCUCAACAGACAGAUGGUGGUCUCUUUUCAGGCUUUAAAAACCUGUCAGCUGGUAUUUUCCAGGACGAAAAGCCAGCAGGAAAAGAGGAAACACCAAGUGCGUCAUCUGUGUUUGGCUUGAAACUGAGCUCAGUGUUUGGCACCUCCGACUCUCCCAAACCUGAAUCCACCCCACCUGUGGUCACAUCCCAGCCUCAGAGUCAAUCUCCUAAACCAGCAGAAGAACUUGAUGAGCCGGACUCUGACAAACCAUCCCCAUGUUCUGGGGAAACUGAAAGUGCAGACAAUAGUGAUAUGGAAGGACCAACAGAGACAUCUAAAACAGGAAGCUGUGACACCUUAGCACAAACGGCACAAUCUGGCAUCCCGUCUCUGUCAGGUUCUCUGUCAGAAAGCUUAGAUAAACCUCAGGUAACAUUUACACCAUGUGAGUUAGAUAAGAGAGAAGAAAAUACACUCGACACCAGGCAAGCAGAGUUGGAAACAGAACAACCAAAAGAUCUGUUGAUGAAGGAAGCAGCGAAAAGUCCGUUGGACAGCAGCCAUUUUGACUCAUCAGGGAAUCUGAGCCCCGUCAGUUCCCAGCUGAGCUCUGAACUCGAGGACCGCCACCCUCCAGAGUCCUGCCCCCCCAGCAGCACCCGUACGCCUCUGCGCAGCGAGGCCUCCAAAUCGUUUGAGGAUGAAGAACUGGAGAAGGAAGUGAACGGACUUCCAGAAUCUGGUGUGAACAAAGACCGGAAGGAUUCUUCAGUUGUCUCCCCAAAGCCGAGCUUGGAGAAACACGAUGACACAAAUCUAACAAAAACUUGUCUCUUUGAUGACGGCCCCCCGCCUUGCUCUCCAGCUAAAGUUCGCUGGCUGAAGGCUUACAACAAAGUGAGGUUACAACUCCAUGAGAGCCAAACGCAAGAUGGUGACCCCAGCAAGCAGCCGUGGGCCAAGCCAGGGGCAAACACACCAUUUGGCAUCGACAGCAUGCCAGACCUCCGCAAGAAGAGGCCUAUCCCUCUUGUUAGUGAACUGGCCAUGUCCAUGAUUCAGUCCAGGAAGGCCAGACUGAACUACGCUCUGGCCACUCGGACCUCCCUAAAAGAUGAAGAGCUUAAAAACCACGUCUACAAGAAGACUCUGCAGGCUCUGAUCUACCCCAUCUCCUGCACCACGCCGCACAAUUUCGAGGUGUGGACCGCCACCACGCCUACCUACUGCUACGAGUGCGAGGGUCUGCUGUGGGGCAUCGCUCGGCAGGGCAUGCGCUGCGCAGAGUGUGGGGUCAAAGUUCAUGAGAAAUGCCAGGAGCUGCUGAACGCCGACUGCCUGCAAAGAGCAGCGGAGAAAAGUUCGAAGACGGGGGCAGAAGAUCGGACGCAGCACAUCAUCAUGGCUAUGAAGGACCGGAUGAAGAUCCGCGAGAGAAACAAGCCUGAGAUCUUCGAGGAGAUCCGGAAAGUGUUUGUCAUUUCUAAGAUGAUUCAUGCUCAACACAUGAAGAGCAUCAAGCAGAGUGUGCUGGACGGCACCUCCAAAUGGUCUGCCAAGAUCACCAUCACAGUGGUUAGCGCUCAGGGUCUGCAGGCCAAGGACCGGACCGGCUCCAGCGACCCGUACGUCACCAUCCAGGUGGGGAAAACCAAGAAGAGAACAAAGACCAUCUACGGAAACCUGAACCCCGUCUGGGAGGAAAAGUUCAGCUUCGAGUGCCAUAAUUCGUCGGACCGGAUCAAACUCCGAGUGUGGGACGAGGACGACGACAUCAAGUCGCGAGUGAAGCAGCGACUGAAGAGAGAGUCGGACGACUUCCUGGGUCAGACCAUCAUCGAGGUCCGAACCCUGAGUGGAGAAAUGGACGUCUGGUACAACCUGGAGAAGAGAACUGACAAGUCGGCGGUGUCCGGCGCCGUCCGCCUUCAGAUCAGCGUGGAGAUCGAGGGAGAGGAGAAGGUGGCGCCGUACCAUGUGCAGUACACCUGCCUUCACGAGAACAUGUUUCACUACUCGACGGACAUCGAGGGAGGCGGGAUGGUGAAGAUCCCGUCCACUCAGGGCGACGACGCGUGGAAGGUCUACUUUGACGAAGUUCAGCAGGAAAUCGUGGACGAGUUUGCGAUGCGCUACGGCGUGGAGUCCAUCUACCAGGCCAUGACGCAUUUCUCCUGCCUGUCGUCUAAGUACAUGCUGUCAGGAGUGCCGGCAGUGAUGAGCACCCUGCUGGCCAACAUCAAUGCCUUCUACGCCCACCCCACUGCCUCCACAAACGUCUCCGCGCCCGCCAGAUUCGCUGCCUCCAACUUUGGGAGGGAUCGUUUUGUGAAGCUCCUGGAUCAGCUGCACAACUCUCUGAGAAUCGACCUCUCCACGUACAGAAAUAACUUCCCAGCCAGCAACAAGGCUCGACUCAGCGACCUGAAAUCGACGGUAGAUCUUCUCACCAGCAUCACCUUCUUCAGGAUGAAGGUGCUGGAGCUGCCGAGUCCGCCCAGAGCCGCCAACGUGGUCCGGGACUGCGUCAAGGCCUGCCUGAACUCCACCUACGAAUACAUCUUCAACAACUGUCUGGAGCUCUUCAGCCGCCAGUUCCAGCCCGCCGGCCCACAGCCUGAGCAGGAGAAGAAGAAGAAGAAGAAAAAGAAGGAGAAAACUGAGGGAGAAGCAGAGGAUGGUGAAGAGGAAGAAGAGGAGGAGGAGGAAGAGGAAGAAGAAGAAGAGGAGAAAAAGGAGGAGAGUCAGCCUGAAGAGCAAGGCCCGAGCAUCCAGAACCUGGACUUCUGGCCGAAGCUCAUCACGCUGAUCGUGUCCAUCAUCGAGGAAGAUAAAAACUCAUACGCGCCCGUCAUCAACCAAUUUCCUCAGGAACUGAACGUGGGUAAAGUCAGCGCUGAGGUCAUGUGGACUCUCUUUGCUCAGGACAUGAAAUACGCUCUGGAAGUUUUGGAUAAAGUUGAUCACUAUCGCUGGAACAAUGCUCCUGCCACAUUUCACAUCCGCAGAGUUGAUUUUUAUGCUGAGCAUGAGAACCAUAAGCUGUGUAAGUCUUCAGACUACAUGAACCUGCACUUCAAAGUCAAGUGGCUGUACAACGAGUACGUGAAGGAGCUGCCCGCCUUCGCAGACGAUGUGCCUGAAUACUCCGCGUGGUUCCUUCAGUUUGUUCUGGCCUGGUUGGCCGAGAACGAGGAGGUGUCGAUGGAGUUCAUGUCCGGAGCUCUGGAGAGAGACAAGAGAGAAGGGUUCCAGCAGACGUCGGAGCACGUCCUGUUCUCCAGUUCAGUGGUGGACAUCUUCACUCAGCUCAACCAGAGCUUUGAGAUCAUCAAGAAACUGGACUGUCCCGAUCCCACAGUGGUGGCCCAGUAUAACAGACGCUUCGCCAAGACCAUUACCAAAGUUCUGCUGCAGUACUGUGCGGUUCUGGCCAAGAGCUUCCCAUCCUACUGUGAGAAGGAGAAGAUACCCUGUGUGCUGAUGAACAACGUCCAGCAGAUGAGGGUCCUGCUGGAGAAGAUGUUCGAGUCGAUGGGAGCAAAACAGUUAACAGCUGAGGAGGAGAGGCUUGAGAAUGAGGAGGAACCUGAGCAGUGCGAUGAAGAGCAGGCCGUUAGCGAUAACGGAGGAGAGGACGGCAUGUCUCAGGACUCUAAGUCUGGCUGCUCAGACUCUGAGGGAUCUGAGGUCGACAACAAAGAGAAGGAGAAGGACGACUCCUCAGCUUAUGAUGAGAGCGAAGACGAGCAGGAGAAGCUUGACCAGGAGAAGUCCGAAAUCAUAAAGGAAAAGGCUGAAAAGAAAGACGAAGAAAAACAGGAGGAGUCUAACACCAAAGAGUCCAAAGACGAAAUCAACAAGACUGACGUCACUGAUGUGGUCACAAAGAAGUUGGAUACUGAAGCCGCCAACAUCCUCAACGAACUCCAGGUGAAGCUCAACACCAUUCUGGACAACUUCAGUGCCGUGUUUGCAAAAAGUUUCCAGAAUCGUAUAAACGGCUGCAUGCGACAGAUGGCGGAGAUCCUCUACCAGAUGAAAGGCCCGCCCAACCACAACACUGCGGAGGCGGACGCCGACACAACGCUGAGGCCCCUAAUGGAGUUCCUGGAUGGGAACCUCAGCAUUUUCGCUGACGUCUGUGAGAAAACGGUGCUGAAGAGGAUCCUGAAGGAUCUGUGGAAGAUCGUCCUGAGCAGCCUGGAGCGGAUCGUCGUCCUUCCUCAGAGCAACGACAGCCUGGGAGCUCAGCUCCUCACAGCAGCGAAAGGACUCUCUAAUCUCAAGGGAGGAGCUGAGGCUAAAACUCUGACUCCUAAGCAAUGUGUGAUUAUUGACGCAGGACUGGAGACCAUCAAGCAAUACUUCCACGCUGGAGGAAACGGGCUCAAGAAGGCGUUCGUGGAGAAAAGUCCUGAGCUAGCUUCUCUGCGCUACGCUCUCUCUCUCUACUCCCAGAGCACCGACGCACUAAUCAAAACCUUCGUCACCACGCAGCAUUCCCAAGUGCAUGAUGGGAUUGGCAUCAGAAUCACUGGUAAUGAGAAGCUUAAACCCGACAGAGGCUCUGGGGUGGAGAAGCCAAUCGGAGAGGCUGUUCUGCAGGUCGACAUGCUGCUCGGAAAGGAACGCAAGAUCAACGUCAGGGUCGUUGCGGUGAACGACAUGAAGUGGCAGACCUCCGGGAUGUUUCGUCCGUUUGUCGAGGUCUCCAUGGUCGGCCCCUUUUUGGCCGACAAGAAGCGAAAGUUCACCACGAAAUCUAAGAACAACAGCUGGACCGCAAAGUUCAACGAGACUUUCCAGUUCGUUUUGGGUAAGGAGUCCCCGGACUGCUACGAGCUCCAGGCGACGGUGAAGGACUACUGCUUCGGCCGGGCGGACCGCGUGGUCGGCUUGGCCGUGCUGCAGCUGAGAGACGUGGCCGACAGGAAGAGCUGCGUGUGCUGGUGUCCCCUCGGGCCGCGCGUCCACACCGACGACACGGGCCUGACAGUGAUGCGCAUCCUGUCCCAGCGGCCGGCCGACGAGGUGGCCAAGGAGUUUGUGAAGCUGAAGUCCGAAACUCGGCCGGCGGAGGAGGGCAGAUGAGCCGAUUCUGACUCAGGACUGAGUGGUCGCUGCGUUUCCAUCCAAAAAUGUGCAAAUUGAGAUCAUGAAAAAUCAUUCGCUUAAUGGAAACACGCCAAUUUAUUUAAAACAAUCAACGGCUACUAAUGUUCCUAAACAUCAGAUGCAGAACUGAUGUAGUUUUAAAAGAAAUCAAUUUACUUUGAACCAGGAAAGUUUCCAAUGCUUUGUUCUGUUUCCCCUUGAAAAAUAUUCACUAGCUCUGUUUCCAUUAACCAUAAAACUGUGCACAUUUAAAUUAUGAAAAUAGAUUAUCUUAAUGGAAACGC